AUGGCCGCACAGAAUUUACCACCUGCCCAACCAGCCUUCAUUCUCAGAGGCCAUACUGCUCAGAUACACGCUCUCCAUUUCACACCGGGCAAUGACAGGCUGCUUACGGCCGACGCCGAUGGCUGGCUGGUUUCCUGGAAUCUUGCGUUCAAACGGCCUGCUGCGGUAUGGAAGGCUCAUUCAAACGCCAUCCUAGCUGUCGGGUCUUGGGGUCCAGAGAUAAUCAUAACACAUGGUCGGGACAACCAGCUACUGGUUUGGCGACUGAGCGAGCAGGACGAGGCCCACAUGGACAAGACAUUGCCGGUGGAGGCCGAUGCCUUCAACUCUCAGCAACCUUGGCUGCUGCAUGCGAUGCCAGUCAACGCGCUGAAUUUUUGCCCCUUUGCAAUGUGUUAUGAUGGCAUGCCCCACGCUAUCUCAGCGCGUAACGCUGUCACCGACACUACAGUCAUCUGCCCAAUUUUGUUCGCAGUGCCAAAUGCUAUCGAUUCUGGAGGAAUCGACAUAUUCGAGCUUCCCUCACGGAAGAGAGCCGCUACGGUCAACUCUGAUCGUUCAAUCACCACAGGUAUGGUGAUGGCACUCGGAAUCAUGGCAGACACCACGAAGAUACAACUUGCAGCUGGCUUCGAAAGUGGCCACACUAUGGUGUUUGUGCAAACUGAUCCUGCUGCUCCUUUCGAAAGGCUGUAUUGUGCGAAACCUCACUCUCAACCAGUACUCUCCAUGGUCAUAUCUCCAUGCAAAGACCACUAUAUAACCUCAUCCGCUGACGCUAACAUCGUCAAACAUCCCUUUCCCUCCGCCAAGAGCAUUUUCAAAACCGAGUUCAAACCAAUCCGAGUUUCUGCCACUAGGCAUUCUGGCCAGCAGGGCUUAUCCUAUCGGUCGGACGGCAAACUUUUCGCCACGGCGGGCUGGGAUUCAGCAGUCCGUGUGUAUUCCGCCAAGACGAUGAAGGAACUGGCCGUGCUCAAAUGGCAUAAGGAGGGCUGCUACGCCACUGCAUUUGCUACCGUCAAAUCUUUAACAGACCGAAGUUAUGACUCUAAUUCAUGCUCAACCGUUGCUCACGAAGAUCCCGAGAGCAAGAGCUCACUGGGGAUAGCGUUUCGUGUCUCACAAAACCUGAGCAUUCAGGAGAAACGGAACAGGGUAGCUCAAUCAACGCACUGGGUCGCGGUCGGGUCGAAAGAUGGCAAGAUUUCUCUUUGGGAUAUAUACUGA